AUGGCAGAACCGAAAAAACUAUUACCCCAGGAAGGUACCAGCAAAGCUGGAGAAUCCUUCCCCACCGCACCGGAUUCGCCGGGGGUGGGCUGUCCCAAGUAUUCUGGGGGGGACAAGUUAGGCCAUGAGUGGGAGGAUGAGGAGGAGGUAGAUGCAGCGAGGAGGGAGUUUGUCGAGAGGCUGCUGGACGAGAUGGAGGCGGAAGCAAUGGAGGGCUUGGAUUCCGACUUCUCGGGAUCGAGUCUCUCCUUGGAUUCGGAGGUAGGAAGUGACGUUGCCGGCACAUCAUCACCUUUGCCGCAACGGCGAUCCCAACGCAAAAGACGGAUCGUGGAAAUGUCCAAAUCGGACGGUAACACGCCGGAGAUAGUGUUCCGAACACCGAUGCAGAAGUCCGCACCACCAACUGCGGCAAAGAAGACGCCCGUUACAAAAGUGGGUGGUAGUAAUACCGGGCCAAUAAAGAAGGUGACGAGGGGGGAUGACCCUGAUCUGGCGCAGGCGAAGGCCGAAUUGGCCGCCGCUACCCAGAAAGACAUGGAGAUGGAGGCGGCAGCCGCAGUAAAAGCGGCUGCUCCGAAACCGGCGAAGCGCCCUACCACCCGCAGACCCUCAGAUGAGGAUGCAAAGCGCUCCGACGUCCUGGUUUCGGACAUCCAGGAAUGUGCCCUGAAGGUCCUCGAUGCCGUGAAGAAGUCCGGCCACCUGAAGGGCACAAUUGUGAAAGACAUCAAGGACGCCGUCGCUACCAUCCGCGCGGCGUCUGAGUCACUAGAAGGCAGGACGUCGUCUACCGAAUGCGCAGCGCUUCGCCGGGAGAAUUCCAGGUUGUCGCGUGACUUGGCGGACAUGCGGGAAAUGAUGACCGCCAUUAGGGAGGAGUCCGCCAAGUACUACGUGGAGUUGCGGGACCUCAAAAAGAAGACCAUGGGGUCCACCGGCCAAGACGCGAACGAGCUGGCGAUGCUCAAGGCCGAGAGGGAGGAGUGGCAGCGGGAGAUUGCCGCGACCCGAAAUUCCUAUCAGGAAUUGCUACACAGGAGUACGGAGGACCGUGUGGCGCUCACUACGCUGCAGACGGAACUGGCUGCAGCCAAAGCUGCACUGGCGAAACCGCCGGACAGUGCGGCAAUGGAUGUGGCCUCCGACAGUCAAGGUGCUGAACCGUGUGUACCACCGGUGAUCACCGAGACUGUCGAAGCUAGGAUUGUCCGUCAAAUCGGGGACAUCUUUAAUGCCCGAUUUGAAAAAAUUGAGGAGCUCGUAGGCAGGCAGAACACCGUGCCGCCCAAACGGGCAGCGGCUGCACCCCGAACACCUGGGGCGGCCAAAAAGGGAGGGACAGUGGCUCCUGUAGCCAGCACAAGUGGGGCAGUUGUGAGCGCAUCUCAGCCGCCGCCUGCAACCAAGGAGCAAUGGACGACGGUCGUCCGCCGCGGAAAGCGCGCCAAAAUGGUGAAGAGCCAGGAGUCGGCCCCAGCCACACAGGCGCCUACAGAAGGGGCUAAACCAGCCCAGAGGAAGGCAGCAACGGAGGCCCAGAAUGAGGCCACCAAAAGGAGAAAUCGACGGAAGCGACAGUUCCGCCCUCCGCGAUCUUCGGCGAUAGUGUUGACGCUGCAGCCGGGGGCCGCGGAGGCGGGAUCAAGCUACACCUCGGUGCUCCGAGAGGCCCAACAAAAAAUCCAGUUGAGCGCCCUCGGAAUUACCGAGCUAGGCUUCAGGCUGGCAAUAACAGGGUCCCGCAUACUAGAAGUGCCGGGACCUGUGGAGGAAAGCGGCGGGAAGGCAGACGCCCUCGCUGCAAAACUGUCAGAAGUCCUUCCGGCAGAGGUGGUCAGCGUGACCAGGCCGGUCAAGUCCGCGGAGUUCCGCGUCUUGGACCUGGACGAUGCCACAACAGUAGCUGAUGUGGUGGCAGCCGUAGCGCGAGAGGGAGACUGCGCCGAGGCCUCCGUAAAAACGGGGGAGAUCCGGCGCUCUCCCUCGGGGAGUGGCUCCGUUUGGGUCCGAGGCCCAAUAGGGGCAGUGAAGAAGCUGGUGGACGCCGGCAAACUUCGAGUAGGGUGGACUAUGGCACGGGUGCGGUCUUUGGAUCCCCGGCCGAUGCGGUGUUACCGCUGUUUGCUCACGGGUCACGUGGGCCAGCGGUGCACCGCCAAGGAGAACCGCGGCGGAGCCUGCUUCCGCUGCGGACAAGACGGCCACAAGGCCGCAUCGUGCACCGCCCCCUCGCCGCACUGCCCUUAUUGCGCGGCGGCGAAGAAGAAGGCGGACCACCGUAUGGGCAGCACUAAAGGGUGUCGCCUGCCGAAAGUGGCGGGAGUGGAGGGGAUGGAGGCCGAGUCCGGCCCGUCACCUCCCACCACGGGCCUCGCGGCAGCUGACGCGGGGGCGUCAGCUGUCACCUAA